CUGGAGCCGCCGCCAGGAAGGAUGAGCUGCCUGGUUACUGGAGAGAAAACCAGAUUUUUAAAAAAACAAUAAAAAAAGAGAGGGGAAAAAACGGAUUUCUUUUUUUUAUAAAGGUAGUUUUCCAUGGAAGACAGAGUGGAGGGAGACCCACUCAGUGAGAGGAUUGCAUCCACAGCGUGUGCAACUGUGUGAGUGUGUGUCAGUCAGAGUGUGUGCGUCGGACUCCCCAAUCAGUGAUGUAAAACGUGAAGGUGGAUUUUGGCAUGUGGAGGAGCAGGUAAAAGGGCUUGUUCGUGAUGGUGCUCUGUAUGGACAAGAAGCAGUGCCUUGACAGAGGGCAACGUGGGUAAAAGAGACAUGCGACACCCAGCCCUGCACCACGGCCACCUCUUCCUGGGCGGGGCCUUGUUGCUUCUCCUGGCCAGCCCGGCUCUGAGCUGCCCCGCCCGAUGUGAGUGCUCUGCCCAAAGCAAGUCAGUCAGUUGCCACCGCAAGCGCCUGUCCACCAUCCCUGAAGGCAUCCCCAUUGAGACACGCGUCCUGGACCUCAGUAAGAACAAGCUCCGCAUCAUCACGCCAGACAACUUCUCUUCAUUCCAGCAGCUGGAGGACCUGGACAUUAGCGACAACCUCAUCAGUGUGGUCGAGCCUGGCUCAUUUCGUUCCCAGCUUGCUCUCCGCUCGCUCAACUUUCGCAGUAACUUGCUUCAGCUGGUUCCUGCUGGCGUGCUGUCAGGCCUGACCAACCUCACCCGCCUUGACCUCAGCCACAACAGACUGGUGGUUCUCCUGGAUCAUGCCUUCCAAGAUCUACGCAGGUUGACGUCCCUAGAGGUGGGUGACAACGAACUGGUUUUCAUCUCUCAGCGGGCCUUUACAGGAUUACUCGGGCUCCAAAGUCUGACCCUGGAACGUUCCAAUCUGACUGUGGUCCCUACUGAUGCUCUGGGACAUCUGCACAGCCUGGUUGAACUGCGUUUGCGCUACUUGAGCAUCAGCUUUCUAAAGCCUUUCUCCUUUAAGAGGUUAACGCGUCUCCGCCGACUAGAGAUUGAUUACUGGCCCUGGCUGGACACAUUGCCUCCCCUCUCCCUGCACGGCCUGAACCUCACAACGUUGUUCAUAACCAACACUAACCUGUCUGCCUUCCCCGGCGCAGCACUGCGCAACCUUCCCUACCUCACACAUCUCAACUUGUCCUACUGCCGCAUCCAGCACAUCCAUCAGGGAGAGCUGGGCCAACUCCCACACCUGCUGGAGCUUCGUCUCCAAGGGGCACAUCUGAUUUCUAUUGAGCCCUUUGCAUUUGCGGGCCUCAAAUCAUUGCAACUACUGGAUGUGUCACAGAAUCGCCUGGACUCUCUGGAGAGGGGAGUGUUUUCUUCACCAGACAGCCUCCAGAGGCUCUGUCUGGGUGGAAAUCCAUUAGUGUGCGACUGCAGAUUGCUUUGGCUGCUCAACAGUCACAAGCCCCCCUCUCUGCAGAUUCUGGAUGUCCAGCCUGAGUGCAGCGCCCCUGAGCGGCUCCUGGGGAAAACUCUCCGUGACCUCACGGAGCCCCUGGCAUCCAGGUACAUGACCUGCACCAAACCAAGGAUUGGACCCAACACAACCCAGCUACUGAUGGCUGAUGAAGGUCAGCCGGCCCGUCUGAGCUGCAUGGCAGAGGGAGCACCUCGGCCCUCAGUGGUCUGGAUUACACCUCACAGACGCUACAUCACAGCCAGGAGCAGUGGUAGGGUGGAACUCCAACCAGAUGGUACACUGGAGAUCAAGGCAGCGGAACUGCACGAUAGCGGGGUGUACUUGUGUAUUGCUAGUAAUCCUGCUGGCAACGCUAGCCUGUCGGCCUCUUUAGCUGUGAAGAGCCUGGGCAUUGGGGACAGAUCUCACUAUAGCAACAGGAGCUCAAACUAUCUGACAGACUCCAACAGCACAUGGGGGAAUGGGACUGUACUGUACAACAUGACCGUCCCUAUAGACAUUAAGACUAUCAUUAUAUCUACAGCCAUGGGCUGCCUGUCCUUCCUAGGUGUGGUCAUCUUCUGCUUCCUGCUUCUAUUUGCCUGGAGCCGAGGCAAAGGACGCCAUAAGAGCAACUUUGAUAUUGAGUACGUUCCACGCAAAUCCAACGGGGCAGCAGCAGAGGUGACUGAAACAAGUGGCCCACGACGGGUAAACAUGAAAAUGAUUUGAAACCGAUGCAGACGGACUUUGUCAAAACAACAAACCGUCCACAUAUCAGCUGAAAAAAAGUUUUUUCCUAUGACACAGUGGAUUUGUGACAAACAAAAGUGAUGUACUAAUAUAGUGGGUGUCGAUAUGACGGUGAUCUAGUGAUAAAGUGGGCAUGUGAAUAUAAAAGUGAUAUAUGAAACUGUGGACGUGUUUAUAUGAAAUAAUGUUCUCAUACAGUACAUUGAAUAUAAUACUAUAACCAACAUAUCAAUAUGGGAGUGAUAUAGUGCUGCACUAGGCAUGUGUUUAAGUGGUGACGUGAUGAGUAAUGAUGUUGUCGACUCACCAUGACAUCAAGGUGAAGGAGGGAGCCGCUGGGAGUGACAGGGGACAUCUUUGCGUGGCAGUAGAGCUAUCAUCGCUGCAACAUGUCAGGACUAAAUUCUCUAAUACCCAUAUUAGCUGCAGUAUGAAAGGUGUGUGUAUUGUUCAUGUGUGCACGUGUGCGCGUAUGUGUGAGUGCAUCGGUGUGCGCAUGUUGCAUUUGUGCGUUUCUUUGUGCAUGUGCACGCAUUGCCUUUCUUGUUGGACGGAACAAUUAAAAAUGAAUGAUAGGGUCAAAAGUAUUUUUCCAGGCCUUUGUUCUUGUUUGGUCAUUGUAACGGCAGUGUUGUCACUGUUGAGUAAAACAGCAAGAUUAUCUGUGUUCGUAUGCAAAAUCACAAUUAUUAUGUUAAAGAGAAAUGCUGCAUACAUUUUGAAAUAGGUCAUUGUCCCCCUUGGAAUGACAUUAAAUGGGGAAUUUUUUCUAAACUCAAGGAAAUGUUAAACACACGCAGUAGUUAUAAUGUGAAGUCUGAGCUUUGUCUUUACCAUAUAGCUCAGUUUCCAGCAACACUAGACACUCCUGAGAACUAGCAGCGGUCAGUGGUGUUAUUACUCGGGAAAAGCUUUUAGCUAUAGAAGUGGCAUGUUAAACCCAUUUUAUAACAUAAUAAAUCAUGGGCAGAUUUUCCUGCCAGACAAAUCCCUUGAUAUGAUAUAAAAGAGUCUGUGGCCAGACACAAUGGCAAAGAUUUACAGGAUGUUGCCCUCUUUGGGACAAGACAAAGUUGAGCUUCACAGAUUUAUGGUUUGAAUUUCCACCCCUCUCAUUUGUCUUUGAUCGCACCACUUCAAGCUUGCGUGUCCGGAUUCUUCCCUGGGGUACUGGGUAUUUAAUAGAUGGCAAUUUGAAAGUUGUAGUGGAAUCUUGUAUUGUUUAGUUUUUUUGUUGAAAAUGUUUUAAAUGUUUAGAAAAAAAAACUGUAAAACAAUUUAAGGGCAAUUAUUUGUAAUGCAGGGACGUACGUGGGUGUUAAAUGUGUGAUCCUGUUGUGAUAAAAUGUUCAAGGUUGUAAAAUUGUUUUCAUAUGACAAAUUUAUGGGUAUAUUUUCAAAAGGAAAUAAAUCUUAAUCAUACCCCUAAAAUUGGAGUUCCAGUAGUUUAAAUAUUGUUUACUGACUUAACAGUCAUUUAAAUCCUUUUGUCUAAACAAUAUUACUUGUAAUAUUUAAACAUUUUCCUAACCCAUGAUAUUUCUCUGUCACUAAGUAUUGUAUUAAUCUACGGUCAUGACUUUUCCAACUUUUUUUGCUAUUUAUAUCAUGUCAUUUAGUAAACACUGUGUUGUAACCACUCAACAUUUAUGGCAUUUUUACUCAUAUGGUCAGUAUAAUGUUUCUGGGUCAGUGUGAUUUGUACAUUACUGUAUCCUCCUUGCAUAUUUGCAGGCUAUUUUGACAGCUCAUUCCUUGUCUGAUGCCUUCAAAGUAACCCCUGAUGUCCACUCUGCAGACCUUCAAGGCCAAAUUUUUGCUUUUCUGAUUUUUAGCUACACUAUUAGCAUUGCUCUAGGGGUGAUACUGUUGGCUGGUCGGUUAUUUGUCCACCACUUUGAGUUGGAUGGUUCACAAACAUUCAAAGCAUUUAUCUGUAGGCUAUUUAUUUAUUGAGUGUAAAGUUAUGGGGACAGUGCACAUAAAUAGACAUUUCUGUAAAUGUGCCAGUUUAGCCAUCUUGGAUAAUUUUCAGCUGCAGUUCCUGGGCAGCUUUAAUGGCCGCUACAGAAGGAACACAGCAUACAUUACAACAGGAACAGCAAUAGCCUACAGUACAUAUACAAGAGUGCACGGAAUAAAAAGACACAAAAUGCUUCAAAACAAGGACAACAAUACAUAAACCCUAAAACAAAGCUUUGGUAAUAAUAUAGCCUAAGUAACUUUUUAAAAUCUUUGGGUUUUGCCCUAUUGCAAAACUAAUGACAUUUUCACCUGCCUCUGCUCUACUUUGGGUUUAGCGCAAAAUCAGCAAAUGUUUGCAUGAUAACACACUAAACUAAGAUGAUGGAUGGUAAACUUUAUACCUGCUAAC